GCCGACCUCGACCCGCCCAACGUCGACUGGAUCGUCGAGGACGGCAGCUACGCCGUCUUCGGCGAGACGUGGCCCAUCGACGAGAAGCUCCCGACGCUCCAGGACAUGGGUCACACGAGAUUCACCUGGCCGACACCGCGCACAGACCGCAAGACGUCGCUCCAGUCCCUCCUCCGCACCCUCCUCAUCUCGUACACCCAGCUCCUCGACGCCCUCCUCACCCCACCUCCCUCGCUCGCGCACCCUCAACCACCUCGGUCCGACAUCGAGCGCCUCACCGAGCACAUGCAGCUCGUCGCCGUCAACAUGCACUACCUCGUGAACGAGCUUAGGCCAGUCCAGGCUCGCGAGACGCUCAAGGCGAUGAUGCGGGCCCAGAUCGACCUGCGACGAGCCAAGACG